GUUUCUGGCGGCAGUGAAUAGCGGAAAGGCCGAUCUUCGUGAGGUAUUGAAGACGAAGGAGGCAGGUCAUGCGUUGAUCUCAACGGGACCCCGACUCGUAAACGAAACCCAUCGUUCCAACAAAGUAACGGACACAGAGGAAACGAAAGAACUGAGUUCGGUGCUUCCGGACGGAAGAAUCGUAACGGAAGUUCAGAGGACGACCGAACACGAAGAGGUAAAGGACGACGAGUUACCCGAGGGCGAGCCCGAUCAAAAUCAGCAUCGCGAGAAGCACGAGAGGCUUUACAAGGUGCGGGAUCAGGAGGAUGUGGACUAUGUAGCCGAUGGUGUUAAAAUUGGGCACGAAAUGCGGUUUAAGGCUGAGACUACGGAAGUGGAACGGCGCGGCGAUGGACUUGACGAAACGGACUGGGACUCGCUCAGCGCCCGAGUCAGGCGGCGACAGCAAAAUGGAGGCGUUCGUCAAGUUCAGAGGAUAAAAGGUGUUGAAGGCGGGUUGAUUCCCUCAGCGUCGCCACUGGAUCGAAAGGACGCACUGACCAAGAAGCCUCUCGACUUCGACCAAGAGGAGGAAACGCGCAAAUUGGAGACGUCCAAAUGGCUCGAGCAUCACUUCGGUAGCGAAUCCCGAUCAUCGCGCGAUUCGCUCGAUGACAUUGACGAGGAGAAAGAAGAACCCGUUGCACCCAGAACCAGCUUCUUCAACGUAACCAUUAAGUCGCAACCCACAGUUCAAUCUGAGUAUGUGAGCCGAGUGGAGGAACCCCAAGUGAGCCCGGUCCACGAAAAUGGCUACCACCAUCGCCAAUCGCGCUACUUUCAAGGUGUAUCCGAAUGGUCUGAAAGAGAGCAGCGCAAAUCGCCGGUGAUUAUACGCCCUUCGUCACCCACUUACAUCGUUGAAGACCGAUACCAAAUCACCCCGCCGAGGGAUUACAGGAGUUCGCCCAGUCGCGAAGUCACACCGACGCCGCCACAAAGGAAACGGACACAGGACAGGCCGCAGCGACCCGCGAUACGUACGGAGGACGAGGGAUGGGCGCGUAACGGCAGUAGAACACCUUCGAGAAACGAAAUUUUAGAUGAGCCUCUCGAAGAGCCGCCCCCUGAUUAUUCGCCGGUCAGUCCCCCGAGAGCAGCGACCCCAAAUAAAAAGGCGCAUCAGAAAACUAGGUUCGCCGUUGAUCUACCUCCGGCUAAGGUUAAGAGCGGAAAUAUUAUAGGUCAGUCUAUUCGCAAGUUAGUCGGAAAGAUCAGAUCGGCAAGUGCGGAACGCAAAGCUCGCCAGCAGCAGCAGCGAACGAAAAGGUCACCUUCGCCGUCGUAUAAGCAGGGCCACGUUAUCGAUAACAUACACGAAUCGCAAAACGGCCACCACAUGGAAAACGGCCGACGCGAAAAUUCGCCUGGGCCAGUUCACCGAUACUACCUGGGAGAGGAUCCUUUCGGCGGCAGCAUUUACGGGCGUGAGAAUAAGUACGAUGGGGUAAGACCGGCGCGCUCGACAAGAAAGCAGUACAUACAGCAACCGGAAGAAUAUAGGUCACACAGUACUCUUGGUCGAUUCAGCAAGUCAACAAGUCGCCUAGGCUAUUCAUCAACCCCGGAAAAUCGAAAUUCCCAAACCUUGCCCCGACAUUUGUCAAGACACGAACCGCCCACACGUUUAGAAAAAAACGACCGAUCCAACAGCACAAUCAACGUCUCGUUCAUCAACACAGUUUCCUCCCCAAAUAAGCCCCUAUCAAAUGGAGCACCCGCGAAACCCGUACGAACCUACAAAUCAAAUCUCUCGCGUAGCAAAAGCUUUAACGUCGACUUGGAGUCGCCGUACCGUUCCUCGCACAAAAUGCAGCUCUCCUCACCUUCCGGUUUGAAAAGUCCCGGACUGAUAUCGAGUAUCAGCCGUAGCCAGCGCGAUCUAACCGAAGACGGCAUCGAGUACAAGAGCACAUCCCGUUUUGUAAAAAACGGAGUUAGUGACAAUAAGAGAACGUUCCUAAACGACUUGAAGCAACGCGCCCCCGAACUAUACAAAACUCUGCACGAAGAAGAAAAGCACGAAUCUUGGAGGCAUAACGGCACGACCACACGCCAGCACAACGGCGACAUCUACGAGCCGCCCACGCGACUUCGAGACACGCACGUAGUUAAGAAUUUCAAGGAGAGCUUCGCACCGUCACUCACGCCGACAACCAGGGCUAUUAUAAGACGGGGCAGUAACUCGAGCAAUGACUACUCCGAGACGUACCACACCAGUACGCGUAAUGACGACCCACUAAGACCCACAAUUACAAAUACCGUCCAGAGCUUCAGCAAGAAAACGGUACCGUCAAGAGACGGGAGUAGCUUCCAAACCAUCGAGUCGACAGAGACCAAGUCGAUUACCAAGAGCCGAUAUCGUGAUCCGGGCGUCAAACAAAUUUACUCUUACGAUCGGAGGUUAAACAAUUCAUCCGGACCGGUCGUCAUUGAAGUUAGAAAUAAUUAUAAGUAAUUUAAGCCGUUGACUUUAUUUAUUCUACUUUACUAAGUGUACUGACUGAGCUAUUAUACUGUAAUAGAGCGAUUUUGCUGAUUAAUGUAGGUACCUAUGAGUAAAUAUAGAGUUGCGCUUGCAAAAUGUGUAUACUGCCCUAAUUUGAGGUUCAAUUUGUAAAAAUAUGCCUUAUUUUAUUAAUUAGAUUCAUAUGUGUAUGUAUGUAUAAUAAUUUUGCAAUUAGUCUAAUUAAUUGUUUUUUUACUAGCAGUGCCAAAUAAUACAUAU